GAGAGGCUGCUGCUGUAGGGCUGUAGGAGAGAGAGAGAGAGAGAGAGAGAGGCUGUUGCUGUAGGGCUGUAGGAGAGCGAGCGAGUGAGAGCGGAGCAGCUCCUCUGCCUCCGUCAGUGGACCAUGAAGCUGGAGUCAGAGGAGGAGGAGCUCCUCACACUGACCUCCACUGUCACCUGGACCGGACUAUGAGGAGGUGGAGGAGGUGGAGGAGGAGGACGGCCUGUUUUUAGAUGAACUUCUGACACUUUUGUUUCUUCUGCUCCACCUGUGUGUCACCGUGCAGCUCCACCACAGGAUGCAGAGCUCCAGGAGCGAGGACAAGAUUCCAGUCGUGGAUUCUCCGUCAAAGUCCACCUCCCCCAGAGAUGGUCUGUACUUCUCCGACGGCCGACGGAAGGUGGACUACGUCCUGGUCUUCCUCCAUCGGAGACACAGCUCCGUACGUCCUCCCAGGUCUCACCGAUUAUCUCUCGUUUCCAACGGCAACUUUCCCCGGUCAACCAGCUCGGAGGCAGCUGAGGGUGCAGAGGGAGGGGCCCCGGGGGGGAACGCCAACGCGGGCGAAGUCUUCGUGGAGCUUGGACAGGCCGGAGGAAACGCGGCGACGGAACCUGCGGACCACGAGAUGUUCCUCAUCAGACAAGAGUUUGAGGCCAACCUGGUGGAGGCUGGACUGGAGAUAGAGAGAGACAAGGAGUUGAAAUCCCACGGGCCCAGCUUCGCUCGUCUCCACGCCCCCUGGCCAGUACUCUGUCGAGAAGCCGAGUUCCUCAAGAUUAAAGUUCCCACUAAAACGAGCUACGUGAUCAAAGAGGAGGCGGGCUUUGGGUCCAGAACUGUUUGGAAGAAACUCAGUCGACCUUUUCAGCCCAACGUUCCUCAAGAACACGAACGGACCAAGUUCCUGUCGCACUGUUUCUCCAGGGACAAACUCCAUCUGUACAACAUCACGUCUGAAGACACUUUCUUUGACAACGCAACGAGAGGCCGAAUAGUCUAUGAGAUCCUGAGGAGAACAAUGUGUGAACGAACCUGUCAAACCAUAGGUAAGGAGUACACUGUACUGCAUGUACUGCAUGUACUGCAUGUACUGCAUGUACUGUCCUCUGGUGACUACAGGGUGACGGGAGUGGAGGAGGAGAGAAACGACAGACAGGCCCUGCACCAGGAGUGGGCCACAUAUUCCGCCUUCUACAAGUACCAGCCCAUUGACCUGGUCAGGAAGUACUUUGGUGAGAAGAUCGGGCUGUACUUCGCCUGGCUGGGUGUGUACACGCAGCUGCUGAUCCCGGCCUCCGUCGUGGGCGUCAUCGUGUUCGGCUACGGCGUGGCCACGGUGGACACCAACAUACCCAGUCUGGAGAUGUGUGACGAGCGUCUCAACUUCACCAUGUGUCCUCUGUGUGACGGCGCCUGUGACUUCUGGCCUCUGAGCAGCGCCUGUGCCACGGCCCGGGCCUCGCACCUCUUCGACAACCCCGCCACCGUCUUCUUUGCCAUCUUCAUGUCUCUGUGGGCGGUGCUGUUCCUGGAACAGUGGAAGCGUCGUCAGGUCAGUCUGAGUUUCAGCUGGGACCUGACCGGCAUCGAGGAGGACGAGGAACUGGCCAGACCAAAGUAUGAGACCAUUCUACUGAAAAAGAAACAGAAAAACAAGAAACACAAGAAAAAGGUGGAGACUGCCGUGGACAAACUGACCUGGAGGGACCGUCUCCCCGGGUACUUCAUCAACGUGUCCUCCAUCCUCUUCAUGUUCGGCCUCACCUUCUCAGCUGUGUUCGGUGUCAUCGUGUACCGCAUCGCGGUGUCCGCUCUGAUGGCCAUGAGCCCCGACCCCGAGACCAGGUCAAACGUCCGAGUCACCGUCACAGCCACCGCGGUCAUCAUCAACCUGGUGGUCAUUUUGAUCCUGGACGAGAUCUACGGAGCUGUGGCAGUGUGGCUGACUGAGCUGGAAAUUCCUAAAACAGAAACCAACUUCGAGGAGCGCCUCAUCCUCAAAGCCUUUUUACUCAAGUUCAUGAACGCCUACGCGCCCAUCUUCUACGUGGCGUUCUUCAAGGGGCGGUUCGCAGGUCGACCUGGGAACUACGUGUACGUCUUCAACAACUACAGGAUGGAAGAGUGUGCUCCAGGAGGCUGCCUCAUUGAACUGUGUAUCCAGCUCAGCAUCAUCAUGUUGGGAAAACAGCUGAUCCAGAACAACAUCUUUGAGAUCGGAAUCCCGAAGUUGAAGAAACUGCUUCACACGAUGAAGGCCAAGGUGUCGGCAGAGGAGGACAGGGCGGAGGAGAGACCCCCCCAGCAGUGGAACCUGGACUACGCCCUGGCUCCGUUUGAAGGACUGACCCCUGAGUACAUGGAGAUGAUCAUCCAGUUCGGCUUCGUCUCCCUCUUCGUGGCCUCCUUCCCUCUGGCGCCGGUCUUCGCUCUUCUCAACAACGUCAUCGAGAUCCGACUGGACGCUAAGAAGUUCGUCACAGAGCUGCGUCGACCGGUGGCCGUUCGAGCGAAAGACAUCGGUAUCUGGUUCAACAUACUGAGUGGAAUGGGGAAGUUCUCCGUCAUUAUAAAUGUNNNUGUGAUCUCCUUCACCUCAGACUUCAUCCCCCGCCUGGUGUACCAGUACCAGUUCAGUCAGACUGGGUCCAUGCACGGCUUCAUCGACCACACGCUCUCCUACUUCAACGUGUCCAGUUUCAGAACAGGGACGCUUCCACACAGCCCUGGAGACGUCACCGUUCUUAGGUACAAAGACUACAGGGAGCCGCCGUGGUCUACAGACCCGUACCAGUUCUCCAAACAGUACUGGUGUGUCCUGGCUGCAAGACUGGCCUUCGUCAUCCUGUUCCAGAACCUCGUGAUGUUCCUCAGCCUGGUGGUGGCCUGGGUCAUUCCUGAUGUCCCCAAAACCAUCAUGGAGCAGCUGACGCAGGAGAAGAAGCUCUUGGUGGAACUGUUCCUGACAGAGGAGAAGGAAAAGUUCCAGCUCAUCCAGAGCCUCUUCACUAAGGAACCCAACCUCCAGCCGGCACAGCUGAGCGACCAGGGCUUCCCCAGCCUGGGUCGCUACAGCACUCUGCCCCCGUGCCCCACCCAGGCUGCAGCUGGAGGUGGAGGAGAGGGGGCGAGGCCCCGGUGUAGGGCCGCCAGCUUCAGCCAGUUCUCCAGAAUGAGUCCCCGAUCACCGAGGAACGAGAACGAGAACUCCGUACACACCACGGUAUGACGCGGCGCAGGUUCUCUGUGGAACUGCCUGCAGCCCAGGUUUGAACCUGAACCUCGGUGUCAAGUACCGAGUCUGGACUGGUGACUUUCCAACGGUUCUCACCUUCGACUGUUGACAGAACUCCAGUAAAUGAACUCAGAUGUUUUAGAGACAAACAUUAGCUUAUUAGCGUAGACGAGCAAUAAGUCCAACAUGGAGCUGACCAUGUGGGGGGGGGGGCACCGCUCUGUUCUCUCCUCGACCGUUUCCUCUUUUUGAAGAGACUUUUAUUUUGACGAGACUCUUCAGGUGUCAGGACCUGGAGAAGGUUUUCAAAAUAAAAGUCUUUGUUAAUGAACAGCUACAGCUCUGACUGUUGUUGUUCAGCAGCAGCUGUGACUCUUCAUCCUCCUCCUCAUUUCACAUUAGUUAUUAUUCUGAAGUUAAUUAGUAAGAAGUAAGGAACCGUUUAGUCUUUAGACUGCCUGCGUGCUGACGGGCAACAGCGGCUGCCGGUUAGAAUCCAGACCUGUGUAGAAUCGGAGUAAAGAUAGAAGUUUUCUGUCCUUCGGUAAACGCAGCAUCACGUGGCGUUCUUCAGAUGAUGUCACAGCUCUGACUUCAGGAUUGGAAGGACAACCUCUGGUUCAACACCGGCUGUCGACUGUAGUGGUCUGACUGUAGUACUACUGUAAACACUCUUGUCGUGAACUUCUUCUUGUUGAAAUUGUAAUUUUAUACCAUUUUGUGCAAUGACAGAUAAGCUGCCUUUAACUGUGACUCCUGAGUGUGUUCCUGUGGUCAGAUGGUCAGAUGGUCAGAUGGUCCGAUGGUCAGAUGGUCCGAUGGUCCAAUGGUCCGAGAUCUGUGUCGUCACACAGGAUUAAAAAACUGAAUGAUCAUCAAA